AUGGAUCCAAGUGUAUCCAUCCUUACAAACUUUGCAACACCUUGGGAUCUCCAAACCCAAAAGAGAAACACCACUACCAAACAUUCUUCUCGCUCAAUGUUACAAAACCACAACCCAAAUGUCCCAAAAAAAUUCAUUUGGUCUCUUGAAGAUAUCACCCAGCCAAAAGAAAUACUUGAUGCCCCAAUAAUAAACCUUCAAGGAUUUAUCAAUGGGGAUGAAAAGGCCACAAAAAAUGCUAUAGAAAUUCUAAAAAAAGUUUGUUCACAACAUGGAUUUUUCCAAGUGAUUAACCAUGGAAUUGAACCAAAGCUCUUAAAAGAGGCUUAUAAUAACAUGGAUAAAUUCUUCAAACUUCCACCUUCAAUGAAGGCAAAGACAUUGAAGAAGGUUGGUAAGCCUUGGGGAUUGUCUAUAGCUCAUGCUGAUAGAUGGGCUACAAAUUUGCCAUGGAAAGAGACUUUAUCAUUCCCUCAUCAUUCUAACACUCAUCAUAAAUCUGUGGUUGAUUAUUUCUCCUCUGUAUUGGGUACUGAGUUUGAGGCUAUGGGGUUAGUGUAUCAGAAAUAUUGCGAGGAAAUGCACAAAUUAAGUGUAUUAAUAACAGAAGUAUUGGCAAUUAGUUUGGGAGUGGAUAGAAAUUACUAUAGCAAAUUCUAUGAAGAUGCAAAAUCAAUAAUGAGAUUAAAUUAUUAUCCACCAUGUGAAGAACCAAAUCUAGUACUAGGAACAGGACCUCAUUGUGACCCUACUUCUAUAACAGUUUUGUACCAAGAUCAAGUUGGUGGUCUUCAAGUUUUUGUCAACAAUAAAUGGCUUGCAAUUCAACCUCGUUCUGAUGCUCUUGUCAUUAACAUUGGUGAUACUUUCAUGGCCAUGACAAAUGGAAAAUACAAAAGCUGUCUGCAUAGAGCAGUGGUGAAUGAGAAAGUGGAGAGGAAAUCCAUGGCCUUUUUUUUGUGCCCAAAAGAAGAUAAAGUGGUGAGACCUCCAAAUGGUCUUAAUAAUCCAAGGAAUUUUCCUGAUUUUACAUGGUCUCAAUUUUUGGAAUUUACUCAAAAACAUUAUCGAGCUGAUCACAAUACUCUUCAAAGCUUCACCAAUUGGAUGUGGUCCAUGCUAAAUAAUGAUAAUCAUGAUGAAAAAAUCAAUACAUAA